AUGCCGGAGAUUUAUGGACCUCAGCCGUUGAAGCCACUUAAUACGGUGAUGAGACAUGGGUUUGAAGAGCAAUACCAAAGCGACCAGCUUUUACAGUCACUCGCAAAUGAUUUCAUUUUUUAUUUUGAUGACAAACGACACAGAACUAAUGGGAAUCCAAUUCCUGAAGAACAUAAACAACGGGAUAUAAACGGUUAUUACCAGCCUAUUACGGAUUGGAAAAUUAUGAAAGAUCGACAAAAGACAGUAAGUGCUGCCCUUUUAUUGUGUUUGAAUUUAGGUGUUGAUCCACCUGAUGUAAUGAAAACACAUCCUUGUGCUAGGGUUGAAGCAUGGGUAGAUCCAUUGAAUUUUCAGGACUCUAAGAAGGCCAUAGAACAAAUUGGUAAGAACUUGCAAGCACAAUACGAGACUCUGUCAUUGAGGACACGCUACAAGCAAAGCUUAGAUCCUUGUGUGGAAGAUGUCAAACGGUUUUGUAACUCAUUGAGAAGAACUUCUAAGGAAGACAGGAUUCUUUUCCACUACAAUGGACACGGGGUACCUAAACCUACCAAAUCAGGUGAAAUUUGGGUUUUCAAUAGAGGAUAUACUCAAUACAUUCCAGUUUCUUUGUAUGACUUACAGACCUGGCUAGGUGCGCCAUGCAUUUUUGUCUAUGAUUGCAAUAGUGCUGAGAAUAUAUUGAUCAAUUUUCAAAAAUUUGUACAAAAGAGAAUUAAAGAUGAUGAAGAGGGAAACCAUGAUGUUGCUGCACCAUCGCCAACUUCAGCUUACCUAGAUUGUUUUCAAUUGGCUUCUUGUACAUCAGAUGAACUUUUACUAAUGAGUCCCGAACUACCCGCAGAUUUAUUUAGUUGUUGUCUGACCUGUCCCAUAGAGAUAAGUAUUCGUAUCUUUCUCAUGCAGUCACCCUUAAAAGAUUCGAAGUAUAAGAUUUUCUUCGAAAAUGCUACAUCAAAUCAACCCUUUGGUGAUGGUAAGAAUUCCUUUAAGCCCAAGAUACCUAAUGUUAAUAUCCCGGGUUUGUUGUCAGAUAGAAGAACGCCACUGGGAGAGUUGAAUUGGAUAUUUACAGCUAUAACCGAUACCAUUGCAUGGACAUCUCUCCCUCGACCACUUUUCAAGAAAUUGUUUCGACACGAUUUAAUGAUAGCUGCACUUUUCAGAAAUUUUCUAUUGGCCAAAAGAAUAAUGCCUUGGUACAACUGCCAUCCUGUGUCUGAUCCAAAAUUACCAGACAGUAUAACUACACACCCAAUGUGGAAAUCUUGGGAUUUGGCCAUGGAUGAAGUGUUAACUAAAAUAGUUAUUGACCUGAAAAAUGCCCCCCCAGCAACUGCGUUGGAAAGUCAAAUGAUCUUGCAACAACAGGAAACUCUACAGAAUAAUGGUAAUUCUAAAUCAAACGUGCAAGAUACGAAGGCCGGAAGUAUUCAAACACAAUCGAGAUUUGCCGUGGCGAAUUUAAGUACAAUGUCUUUGGUUAAUAAUCCUGCCCUUCAAUCGAGAAAAUCGAUUUCUUUUCAAAGCACACAACAACAACUACAACAACAAUUGCAACAACAGCAAUUCACCGGAUUUUUUGAACAAAAUUUGACGGCUUUUGAGCUGUGGUUAAAAUAUGCUUCGAAUAUCAGACAUCCACCUGAGCAGCUCCCAAUCGUUUUACAGGUUCUUCUUUCACAAGUACAUCGUAUACGUGCGUUAGUUCUUCUAUCCAGAUUUUUAGACCUAGGACCCUGGGCAGUCUACCUGUCACUUUCAAUUGGUAUCUUCCCUUACGUUUUGAAAUUACUACAAAGCCCAGCACCAGAGUUAAAGCCUAUUCUAGUUUUUAUUUGGGCCCGUAUCAUGUCAAUAGAUUAUAAAAAUACCCAAAGUGAAUUGAUAAAGGAAAAGGGCUACAUGUAUUUUGUAACAGUAUUGGUACCUGAUUGGGGAGUUAACGGAGCUUCAACCGCAAACGGUCCAGCUGUGAUGAAUGGUGGGAAUCAACUGACUAUGACUGCCUCGCAGAACAUCAAUGGUCCAUCAUCAAGAUAUCAUGAACGCCAGCAGAACAACAGGGCAUCCAACCUAGGUCAUAAUAAUCUUUCAUUCUAUCAUUCUAAUGAUACCACCGAUGAACAAAAGGCUAUGGCUGUCUUUGUUUUAGCAUCAUUCGUUAGAAAUUUUCCUUUGGGCCAAAAGAAUUGUUUCAGUUUGGAAUUAGUCAACAAGUUGUGUUUUUAUAUAGAAAAUUCGGAGAUACCUUUAUUAAGGCAGUGGUGUGUUAUUUUACUUGGACUUUUGUUUGCUGAUAACCCCCUGAACAGAUUUGUAUGUAUGAACACUGGAGCUAUUGAAAUAUUAUUAAAAACUUUGAAAGACCCUGUUCCUGAAGUUAGAACUGCUUCCAUAUUUGCAUUAAAACACUUCAUAUCUGGAUUUCAAGAUUCAGAGGUAAUUUUGAGGUUGCAACAGGAAUUUGAGGAACAGUAUCAACAAUUGCACUCACAAUUGCAACAUCUCCAAAAUCAAGCACACCUCCAGCAGCAGCAGUCUCAACAGCAACAGCAACAUCUUGAGCAGCAGCAGAUGAAAAUUGAGAAGCAGAUUCGUCAUUGUCAAGUUAUGCAAAGUCAAUUAGAAGUUACUGAUUUGAGAAAAUUAAAGCGGCAAGAAAUUGGUAACUUGAUCUCAAUCCUACCUUUAAUUAACGAUGGUUCGCCACUCGUCAGGAAGGAACUAGUCAUAUAUUUUUCUCAGAUUGUGAAUCGAUACUCCAAUUUUUUUAUUGUAGUUGUAUUCAACGAUAUGUUGGAGGAAAUAAAACUACUUGAGAAAAACGAUGUCAAUACUCGAAGUGCUUCAGACAAGUAUUCAGUCAGUCAUGGUUCUAUUUUCUACACUGUUUGGAAAUCUCUUUUGAUUCUAGCAGAAGAUUCCUUUUUAGAGAAUAAAGAAUUAUCUAAGCAGGUUGUUGAUUAUAUUUUGCUUGAGUUAAGCGUUCAUAAGGAAUUGGGAGGCCCAUUUGCGAUUAUGGAAAGAUUUUUGCUAAAAAGAAGUUCCAAAGCUAACCAAACCGGUAAAUUCGGAUUUAAUUCUUCUCAAGUACAAUUUGUAAAAAGUUCAUUGAGAUCAUUUUCGCCCAACGGGAGAGUUGAUAAUAACGCACUCAAGAAAGAGCAGUACCAUCAUGACCUCAAGACCUCUCACCCAAUACAGGUAUCCCUGACUAAAUUUUUCCAGAAUCUUGGUUUUAGUGAAGUCAAUGGUGAUCGUGAUACUCAGUCGUCAGGCGCUUCCAUGAAAUCCCAUACGUCGAAAAAGGGUCCUUCAGCCUUGUAUUUAAUGAAUGAUAAUAAUAGUCUUUAUCCAACAGCUGGUACUCCAAGGUUUCAUAAGUAUACUGGGCCCUUGAAAAUGCCAUUAAAUAGUACCUUCUUAGACUAUUCACGCGAAUAUUUUCAAGAACCACAAAUGAAGAAACAAGAAGCAGAUGAACCUGGUAGUGUUGAAUAUAACGCCAGACUAUGGAGGCGUAACAGAAAUGAAACGAUUAUCCAAGAAACACAGGGAGAGAAAAAAUUAUCAAUAUAUGGAAAUUGGUCUAAAAGAUUAAUUAGUUUAAACAAUAAAACUCAGCCAAAAUUGAUGAAGUUUAGUCAGUUUGAAGAUCAACUUAUUACAGCAGAUGAUAGAAGUACCAUUACAGUAUUUGAUUGGGAAAGAGGGAAAGUAUUGUCAAAAUUCUCUAACGGUACUCCUUUUGGCACGAAAGUUACUGACUUGAAACUUAUCAACGAGGAUGACUCUGCUCUUUUAUUAACAGGUUCAUCUGAUGGUAUUAUCAAAAUAUAUAGAAACUAUCAAGAUAUUGACACAUUCGAAAUUGUAUCAGCAUGGAGAGGUUUGACUGAUAUGCUAUUAACACCUAGAUCCACAGGUUUAUUGACUGAGUGGUUGCAGAUAAGAGGUUCAUUAUUGACCACCGGUGAUGUGAAAGUUAUCCGAGUUUGGGAUGCACAUACAGAAACAGUUGAAGUGGACAUUCCAGCAAAAACAUCUUCUCUAAUUACGUCAUUGACAGCUGAUCAGCUAGCAGGUAAUAUUUUCGUAGCAGGGUUCGCAGAUGGUUCCCUAAGAGUGUAUGACCGCCGUCUGGAUCCGAGAGAUUCCAUGAUACGUCGCUGGAGAGCUGGAAAUGAGAGACAGGGCGUUUGGAUCAACAAUGUUCAUUUACAAAGGGGCGGUUAUAGAGAACUGGUUAGUGGAGCCACUAACGGCGUGGUUGAGCUAUGGGAUAUAAGGUCGGAAGAUCCGGUCGAAUCAUUUGUUGAUCAAAAUGUAACGUCUCAAUAUGGUUCGCAACAAAAACCAACUACAAUGACGUGCAUGCAAGUACAUGAACACGCUCCAAUAAUUGCGACAGGUACUAAACAAAUUAAAAUAUGGACAACCUCGGGAGAUCUCCUGAACUCUUUCAAAAAUUCACAUAACAAUGGAGUGACGAGUACGUUAGCGGCCACUGGUAUUCCAAAAUCUUUAUCCUACUCUUCGACUUCCGAUGCAUUUUUAUCUUCAAUGGCUUUUCAUCCUCAUAGAAUGAUGAUUGCGGCUACCAACUCUCACGAUUCCGUUGUGAAUAUCUACAAGUGUGAAGACGAACGGAUCGAUUAUUUUUGA